AUGCGAGGAAAACAGCCGAAAAGGACGAAAGAAAACGCCUCAGUCAAGAGAAAUUAUAGAUGCGUGGGAUACCCUGAUUGCAAUAUGAGUUUUAACAGGGCCGAACAUUUGGCUAGACACAUCAGGAAACACACAGGGGAGAAACCAUUCCAAUGCAAUAUCUGCCUUAAAUUUUUUAGUAGAAUCGAUAACUUAAGACAGCAUCAAUCUUCUGUUCACUCAGACGUUGACCUGAUGUCCCUACGUAGACAGAAGCAGUCCUCCGGUAACACUGUGAACGGGCCAAAUGCAGGGACAAGAAUGUUCCCGCAAUUACGCCCAUACGGAAUUGUUGUCCAGCCUGCUCCCCUUCCUUACAACCUACCUAUAGCGACUCCCGCUAACGCACAAAAUGCUAUUUCUCUUUACGCUUCACCGUACUUCCCGCAUCCUAUACCCUCUGCGCCCAUCUCGUUACCGCAUCAACCUCCCCCUCGUCCUCAUCCGCUCCCCAUAUACAAUUACAUGCAGCCACUUUUCCUGAACCAACCGCCAAUCCAAAAUCGGAACAUUGUUGAGCUUCCUCCGGAUAGUAACGACACUUUUGCAUCGCCGUCAAAGGUGCAAACUUUCGAUCACACCAAAGACGCUCCACCAGACGCAAAAAAAUAA